UCAGGGUUCUAACUCCUUACCCAAACUCCCCUCCAUCCCCCUUCCUCUUCCCCCAUAAACGCCAUGGAAAUGAUUUCGCUAUCUUCAGCUCUAACCCCGCACAUAGUCUCUCUUAAACCAACUCUUUCUUCCUCCAAAUCCAAUCUCUUCUGGAAACCUAUUUCGUCGUCUCUCAAAACCUCGCCACUCACCAAAUCCAACUCAAUCCCUAAAUUCACCAACUCACUUUCAUGGGAAUCCUCCGCUCUGCAGACACCCGCCACGGCCAUGCGGGGGGCUGAGGGUGAUGCUAUGGGCCUUCUUCUAAGGGAGCGCAUUGUCUUCUUGGGAAGCAACAUCGACGACUUCGUGGCUGACGCCAUUAUCAGUCAGCUGCUCUUGUUGGAUGCUCAGGAUCCUAAAAAGGACAUUAAGCUCUUUAUUAACUCUCCCGGUGGCUCUUUGAGUGCCACGAUGGCUAUAUAUGAUGUAGUGCAGCUUGUGAGAGCUGAUGUCUCCACCAUUGCACUCGGCAUUGCAGCAUCAACAGCAUCUGUAAUCCUGGGAGGUGGAACCAAAGGUAAGCGUCUUGCAAUGCCCAACACAAGGAUAAUGAUUCAUCAGCCUCUUGGAGGUGCUAGUGGGCAAGCCAUUGAUGUAGAAAUUCAAGCACGAGAAAUUAUGCAUAACAAGAAUAAUGUCACGAGAAUUAUUUCUAGCUUUACCGGCCGGACAUUUGAACAAGUCCAAAAAGAUAUUGAUAGAGAUCGUUAUAUGUCUCCAAUAGAAGCAGUUGAAUAUGGGAUAAUAGAUGGAGUUAUUGAUAGAGAUAGCAUCAUUCCAUUGGCUCCUGUACCGGAAAGGGUGAAACCGACACUAAAUUAUGAGGAAAUGAGUAAAGAUCCAAGAAAGUUCUUGACACCAGAUAUUCCUGAUGAUGAAAUAUACUAAGCUGGAGCAUUAAGAUCAGGUACUGGUGAGUUUAGGUUUUUUUUUUUUUCAAUUCUUUUUUAUUCAGAAAAUGUAUCGCACAUACAUGGGAUUAUGAGUGCGGAUACUUUCUUUAUUUU